AUGUCUCAAUCUUUGCGCCCGUACCUCCAAUGUGUUCGGUCAUCCUUGACUGCCGCCCUUGCCAUUUCCAACUUCGCCUCCCAGACCUCGGAGCGUCAUAAUGUCCCAGAGAUCGAGGCGGCUAGCUCUCCUGAGCUCCUCCUGAACCCCUUGACAGUAUCACGUAACGAGAAUGAGAAGGUUCUGAUUGAGCCUAGCGUCAACAGUGUUCGAGUCAGCAUCCGGAUAAAGCAGGCAGAUGAGAUCGAACACGUGCUGGUCCAUAAGUUCACGCGUUUCCUGACUCAAAGAGCGGAGUCAUUCUUUAUCCUGCGGAGAAAACCUAUCCAGGGUUACGAUAUCUCGUUCCUCAUUACAAACUUCCACACCGAGGCUAUGCUUAAACAUAAAUUAGUGGAUUUCAUUCUGGAGUUCAUGGAAGAGGUCGACAAAGAGAUCUCAGAGAUGAAGCUGUUCUUGAACGCCCGAGCUCGAUUUGUUGCUGAGUCCUUCUUGACUCCUUUUGAUUAA